AAAUUACUAUUCGGAUAGACUAUUCACCUUAGCUCGUGUGAACGAAUAUUGCUUUGAUAUGCUCCGGUCGACAUUCAAAUGCGGAAUAAAUCGGUUUUAUGUACCAGCCAGGAUAAUGUGGUGUGACGUUAAAAGGUUCCCCACAGGCGGCUUGACGUUCCUGCAAGCCUUUCCCCACCCAAAACCUUCAAAGUAUGGUUUAACUGUGUUCUAGCACAAUAACUGUCAUUUUGUAAGUUGCUUUAUUUUUGAAACCUUUAAUAAUUGUUAAAGAUUUGCGAACCGAUUAAAAAAAAGUACCAACGUUUAAAAUCAACCCGAGUUCUAUGUGUUUCUAAUUAAAUUGUAUUUUCACAUCAAACCAUGUUAUGUUCAUUUCUUUAAAAUCCUCAGAUUAUUGUGAUCAUGUGCUAUGAUAUUAAUUUUUUAUUUGUUUAUUUUUUACGCAUCCUGCUUUUCGCAGAUCGAAAAAAGGAACCUUCGGGAAGAGUGUGCUGUUCUACCCGGAUGCUUUUGUGAGACGGGGAAAUAUGUUUGUUUUGCUUUCCGUCACUCUGUGUUUCCUUGGUUACCUUUUGUGCCUAAAAUUGAUAUAUAACAGAUUUAAUCGACUAUGGCCGUCAUCAUGCGAUAGCAUUUUACCUCCUUCGAGUCGUGCGAAAGGUGUGAACUUUAUGCCGACACGUGAUCCGCGUGAAAACGACGCGCGCGCGGUCGAUGGAGUGCGGGUCCUGCUCGUGACCGCGCAUCCUGAUGACGAGUGUAUGUUUUUUGCGCCAGCGGUUCUAAAACUGACCGAAUCUAAUGCAGCUGUUUACCUGCUGUGCUUGUCAUCAGGGAAUUACUACAAUCAAGGAGCCCAGCGGAAAGAGGAACUGCUUGGCAGCUGUGCAGUUUUGGGAAUUCCGGCUCACCGAGUUACUAUCAUCGACAACAAAGAGUUACCGGAUGACCCAAAGACUGAGUGGAGCAUCUCGCUGACCGCACCACUGAUCCUGAAACACAUCACAACUUACUCCAUUAACCUGGCCAUUAAGUCUCUGAUUAAAAGCCCAAGCACGGAAGACUUGCAUAAACAAACAACAACAAACAAACGGGCUGAAAGAGCGAGCGCUGUUACGAAACGACUCCGGUUUGAUAUUUCCCUGAACAUGUGUAAACACGCAAACUCACCAUCACCAAACCAGCGUCCCUCCCUUCCUGCCGGGUCAAGUCACAGUCCAAACAAGCUUCUUUUUUUUAUGAUUUUUAUUUAAAACAUAAUAAUAAAUCCUCAAUUUGACAAAAAAGCCAAUAUUUUUGUUUUGAUUUCACCAAUAAAAUGAAGUUUAGUGGGGGGGGGGGCUGUUAUUAUGGUCAUUGCAAAAAAUGUAGCAUCUGGUCCUUUAUUGUGUGUGUUUCAGUAUUUAUGGUUGAAGACGAACUUUUACACAAUGGAACAAUGAAAGGACAAUAGGAUCAAUACACUGACCGCAGCGUGUUUACUUUCAGAGCGAGGUGAUGACCCUUUCAUAUACCGUCCUCGUACAAACACUCCGCUCUGCCCCACUUUGAGCGACGUGCAGAUUCCUGUCAUACAAUCUCCCAUCUCGUCGCCGUAGAAGCCGCUUCCCUCGGCUUGUUUGCUUUGGCGACUUUCUACAUUUCCGACAAAUUCUCUUAUUAUUAUCCGUUUCCCUCCAAAAAAAAAUAAUAAAAUCAUCAUGUACCCAAACCCCAGCAGAAAGGCCCAACUCAAGCCUGCUGUAUAGGGAAUAGACGGGGUUUCCCAACUUUCUGGUGUGAAAAAAAACACAUGCCGUGCAUUUCUGCCUCCGUGCCAAACCAACAUCUGGCAAAAAUGCUGCAUCUUCAGAGGAUUAUCUCAGGAUUUUUCUCAUAUUUUUUUUUUAAACCCCACCAACUCGCAGUGAAAUAGAGCAAAUUGGGAAAGCAUUUCAGUGUCAGAUCUCGAAACGUCUAUUCCAUGUGUUAUGUUCAUACCACGAUUCACAAUAUUUUACAUACAAUAUAUUAAAAUUCGCCUGGAGCACGCUUGGAUAACAUUUGUAAUCCGUACGCUCUGGGGCAAGCAAAGAAGUUAUGAAAUGUUUUAGCAUUUAGCAGUGAAUAAACAACCUGAAGCAACACUGGGACCCGAAUUAAUCAUUUAAAUGAAUUAUAGCUCGGUCCUGUUGUUUAUAUUAAUGCACUCACUUCUGAUUGGUAUAUUACUUCAAGUUUCCUUCAUAUAUCAAGUUGAUAUUGAUACACUUCGUCGUUCUUGUCUGUAGUAACAGCUUGUAACGUGAACUCUCCACAUGAAGGACCACUAAUCAUUGACAUGAUGAAUCUUUAUGUAAAAAUAAAUAAGCUUUACAGGCUAAACAGACUUGUGGCUGUUCCAGAAGAUGAAACUUAACCAUAAUGGACAAAAAAUACAAUGUGCCAUUCUUUAAUUAAUAAAAAAUACGAAUAGAACCCUUUCGGGAGCACGUUCUUGCAUGGCCUUCAAAUAAUGACGGUCUUUUUUUGUUCCAUUCUUCUCUACAAAGCUGUGGAGAAGCGGUGAGAUGUUAUAAAGCAGUCUGUAACACCUUUGUGGCAGUAAGAACCUCGGCCUAUUUUCAUGGCUUGUUACAUAAAAACCUCAUUCAUACAAGAAGGUCUACAAAAGCUAAUCUUACUCGCUCGUGUAGUCGUUAUAAAAUGUGUCAAAUGCGUCACUGAUCGCUGCACAU